GAACCACGUUACCUCGAUUGCUUGUGUCAGAUAAAGCCCCUCCCACAAUUUUUUUUUUUUUUUAAAUCUCUUUCCCCAAGCCACCUUGUACCCCAAGCCCUCUGCAGUAAAUCGCCAGGAGGCUGUGACCGGCACCAGGAGGGAAGGGCGGGGAGCGCGCGGGAUCCGUGGGCCGCCAGGGCGUCUGGACCGCGGAGAUAAGGCGGGAUAAACACAGGACUCGGAGCAGCACCAGACGCCCGCCCGCCUGCCUCAGCUUCCCGGGCUCACCCGCCUCACCGCGGCUGGAGGACGCACCACCGCGUGCGACCAAUCGACAGCGCCGGCGACGAUUCAAAAGGCCGAGGGGCCAAUGGGAACGCUGGGCGGCUCCACCGGUGGGGCGGGGCGCGGCGGGGCCGAGGAGGCGCGCGCCCGGGCCGCGGGAUCGCCCGGCACGAGAGCGCGCGGAACGGCGGCUGGGGCGCUGUUCUGCUACCCUCCUGGAGCCGUUCGUGUUCCCGCAGCGGACCUGCGCAGUCUACUUUUAGAAAAUGCCGAGUAGGAAAUUCGCUGAUGGUGAAGUGGUAAGAGGUCGAUGGCCUGGGAGUUCACUUUAUUAUGAAGUAGAAAUUCUGAGCCAUGACAGCAGUUCUCAGCUUUACACUGUAAAAUACAAAGAUGGAACCGAACUUGAAUUGAAAGAGAGUGAUAUCAAGCCUUUAACUUCCUUUAAGCAAAGGAAAGGUGGCUCAACUUCCAGUUCUCCUUCCAGACGCCGAGGGAGUCGGUCAAGGUCCCGCUCCCGAUCCCCUGGUCGGCCACCAAAAGGCUCCCGCCGGUCUGCUUCUGCUUCCCAUCAGUCCUAUGUUAAGGAAGCAAGGAAGGAGGUGUUGGAAGUUAAAUUGACUCCACUGAGAUUGAAGCCAUUUGGAAAUAGCAUCAUGAGAUACAAUGGGGAACCUGAGCACAUUGAAAGGAAUGAUGCGCCUCACAGAAACGUGCAGGAAAAGUUCCACUUGUCACAAGAAAGUGGUUAUACAUCAACACACUCUGGCCUACGUCCAAGAACAGAAGAAACAAAAUUAAAGGAACUAGAUUCUAAGGAAGAGAAACUUGUUACAAAGGGACUUACAUCACUGAGAACCUUUGAAGCGACCUCAUCACCAACCAAGGACUUGGAGUUUGGAGGAGUACCGGGUGUGUUUCUCAUCAUGCUUGGCCUGCCUGUCUUCCUCUUCCUGCUGCUGUUGAUGGGUAAACAGCAAGAUCCCAGUCUUCUCAGUUUCCCUCCUCAGUUGUCAGAGUUGUAUGGUUUGUGGGAAACCAGAGUAUUUGGAGCCUACCUCCUCUGGUUUUUUAUUCAAGCUCUGUUCUACCUACUGCCAAUUGGGAAGGUUGUGGAAGGAAUGCCUCUUAUUGAUGGAAGAAGACUCAAGUAUAGAUUAAAUGGAUUCUAUGCCUUUCUCCUGACAUCUGCAGUCAUUGGAACAUCUCUCUUCUGGGGCGUGGAGCUUUCCUAUGUGUACAGUCAUUUUCUUCAGUUUGCACUUGCAGCCACUAUCUUUUCUGUGGUCUUGAGUGUUUAUCUCUACGUACGCUCUUUGAAGGCUCCCAGGAGCGAAUUGUCACCGGCCAGCUCUGGAAAUGCUGUCUAUGAUUUCUUCAUUGGCCAUGAAUUAAAUCCUCGAAUUGGUACUUUUGAUCUCAAAUACUUUUGUGAAUUACGUCCCGGAUUGAUUGGAUGGGUUGUUAUCAACUUGGUGAUGCUUUUGGCCGAAAUGAAAGUACAGGAACGUACAGCUCCAUCCUUGGCCAUGGUUCUGGUUAACAGUUUCCAGCUCCUGUAUGUGGUGGAUGCUCUCUGGAAUGAGGAAGCACUGUUGACCACCAUGGACAUCAUCCACGAUGGCUUUGGCUUCAUGCUGGCUUUUGGAGACUUAGUGUGGGUUCCAUUUAUCUACAGCUUCCAAGCCUUUUACCUAGUCAGUCACCCAAAUGGAGUGUCUUGGCCUAUGGCUUCUCUGAUUAUUGUUCUGAAAGUUUGUGGAUAUGUAAUCUUCCGAUGUGCAAAUUCUCAGAAAAAUGCAUUCCGGAAAAAUCCCAGUGAUCCAAAGCUUGCCCAUUUAAAAACCAUUCAUACUUCAACGGGAAAAAGUCUUCUGGUUUCUGGAUGGUGGGGCUUUGUUCGCCACCCCAAUUACCUGGGUGAUCUCCUCAUGGCUUUGGCCUGGUCCCUCCCAUGUGGUUUUAAUCACAUUCUGCCUUAUUUCUAUGUGAUUUAUUUCACCAUGUUGCUUGUCCACCGAGAAGCCCGUGAUGAGAACCAUUGUAAGAGGAAGUACGGCCUGGCAUGGGAGAAGUAUUGUCAGCGCGUGCCCUACCGCAUAUUCCCAUAUAUUUACUGAUUUUGGUCUGUCAUAUUUUAGAAAAUAUUCCUGCAAUUCUGGCUUCCAUUUGCAAAAAACAAGAAAAAAAUUCAAAACUAAAUUUCUUUUGUUGCACUGUAAAUUUUUUUUCCCUUUUGAGUCAGGACUAUAGAUAGAGCCAAGUAGUAGAUCUUUUAAUACAAGUAGUAGAUCUUUUAAUAUAGCCACGUUUUUAUAACAUAAGGAAAAAUGCAAAUAAGGAUGUUAGAUUUGCAUUUUAAGAGGAAAUUUUCAACCCUUAAGAAUCUGAAAACAGUCUUAUUAUAAAUGCACUAUAAAGAAUACUAUUGAUGUGUAGGGCUUUUGAUUACUUUUCAAAUUUUGGUUUUUUCUCUUUUGCCAGUUUUUUCUUAAAUUAAAAUUUUAUUAUAUUUAAAAUGCAUUUGGUUUAUUUUGGUAAGAGAAUAGAAUCUUCAUUUGCUUCUCCUUAAAUCAUUUACUAGUUAUGUAAUUUGAAAGUAAAAACUGGGCCUGUAUUAAAUAUUAUAUGUGAAGAGUGAUGAAAGAUUAUUAGCAGACACUGUUUGAGGGAGACCAUUAGUAGCAGUUGGCUUACCCUCAACUUCUUAAACUAUGCUUGAAGAUGUAAAUACAUAGCUUACUUUUAUGUAAUAUAUGGGGACUUUGGAUUUUUCUGUAUAAUAUUUUAAAUGUGAGAUGAUUGUCAGGACUUUUUUUAACAAAAGCAUUUUCAGUAUUUUAAAUUAAGUUUUAUAAAGAAAUACAUGUGAAUUAAAAAUUUUGAAACAAUUAGAAUUCAUUUAAUAUUGUAUAGAAGAUGCUGUUAAAACAUAGGAAAAAUAUUUUUUUUAAUCCAAAGUUUGUGAAUUUGGCUUUGCUACCUCACUUGCAGGUGUUGGUUUCUUUGUUUUUUCCUUUAUAAACUAUUGCAAAUAGAAAAAAUAGAAUAAAUAUAUAUUUUUGGAGUAACAUCAGUAUUUAAACGUUUUUACACAGAUUGGUGUUUGAAAAAAUUGCCAUUUCAGGCUAAUAUUUUUAUAUAUUUGACUUUAAAAAAAUUCAACAGUAUUUUUGCUGAACUGUUUUUGCUUCAACUAUUUAGCUUGUGCAGUUUAUACUGUAUUUUUUUGUAUAUCCUUUAUACUUACAAAACUUUACUUCCUAUAAAUGAGUGUUAUCUAAAAACUUAAGUGUUAAAGUCAUUUCUUUCAGUUUAAUAGAUGUGCAUAAGGUAGCUGUAGCGAUUAAAUUCUAGUGAAGUUGAUAAAGUCUCAUUAUUCAUUGUCCUAUGAUGGAACAGUAAGCAAAUUCAUUGAAUUUUUAUAUUCAAAGUUAAAUUGUUUUCAGUACCUUAACCAUAGAGGAAUGUAAUAAACAUGAUGUGUAUGUCUGGGAUUUUACUAUACAUUUUCUAUAUGAGCCAUUUAGAUAUGCAGUGUUCACAAUUUAAACUGUAUGUAACUUAGCUAAAAUGUGAUCAUGAAGUUGGUUUGCUAUAGCAUUCCUCAUUCUAUAAUCUUUAAACAUUGUUUUAGUGAAAUUGUCAUUGUCUUAAUAGUCCGCAGUUUUUUUUUUUUUUUUUUGCAGUUUUUUUAAUUUUGCUUUUCUCCUGACACCCAAAAGUGGUGUCCCAGUAUGUUCUGUAUUAGAUUUGCCAAGGAAGCAUUAGAGGAGGAAGAAGGACAUUUAAUUCUUUCCCUGGUAAUGAAAAGAGCCUGUUAUAUCUACACAGUGCUUCAGUUUCUGGAUAUCAGCUACGAUUUGUUUUUAAUUUUGUCUUUGAUGUGUUUAUUUGACAAGUUUUGUAAUGAUGUCUUAUGUUGGAAAUAAAGUUGAAAAUGUUGCCUUGA